GCCAAUCAGAAAGGCGUAAUUUAUAGGCUCUUCUUAAAAAGAGAUUCGUCACAUGUUAAUUAGAAGGUAUCGUUUUCUCCGUCAUCGUUGCAACAGAUUACUUGAGAUAUAGUGUGUCGUGAAGAAAGAAGCGAAGAGAGAAAAACAGCAUGGAACCAUUUAAUCCGAGUGUGUCCUACAUGUAUCCUCACCAGUCGUGCUUCCCCGCGAGUUAUCAACCUCUGUUUAUGCAGCAACAGCUAGCACAGUUUCGGUAUGCAAAUUUUUCGCCAUCCUCACUACGGUCGCUCACACAUCCCGCGUUUAUGCACUAUCCUAGCUUGGCAACUGCCACCGACCAGAUAAAAACCAUCUCCGAGUACAGUUCUUUGGGUGAAACAACAGAACACUCGAGUUCACGCUCAUUUGACUCAUGUAAUAGCCUAGAAGACUCACAGAACGAAGACCCUGGUAUGGAAGACGACCAAAAUGAUCCAGCAAGCUCAGGUAUUUUAAAAAGAUUUCUAAUCUUUAAAACAGCAACACUUAACCAACCAUUUCUAGUCAACAAAUACGUCUCAAAGCACUUAAACACAAAACUAAUAGUUCAUGAUAAUUUUUUGAUUAAGCCCACUUGGUUAACAUGAAUAUAUAAUGCUCCAUCUAGAUUACUAAAUUUCUUGAACAAUGUAUUUUUUAUUGCAUUGGCCUAUAUACUAGCAAUGCCGCGCUCAUGUUUUUUGUCUGUUUAACAAAAUGAAACCCGGAAAAUAUAUUAAGACAAGUGCUGUGCAAAUGGAUUAAAUAUAUUUCUUUUCUUUGUAUGAAGACAGCCGCGCUAUUGAAACAAUAACCAUUAAAUGUGCUCCCCUUUGUCAAAGGGCAGAACAUUUCAAAAAUGUGUCAGCUUUGGCUUUGAACCUAUUUCAUUGUGUAUAACACAAUAUAACUCGUCAUAUCAGGAUAAGUAACAAUGAAUUCCCCUUGAUCUUAAUAUAUUUUUCUGUUAUUUUUCAUGCUAGAUCACUGGUUAGUUCGCCAACCGUACCGUAGCCGGAAAAGAAUGGCGUACACGCGACAACAACUACUUGAACUCGAGAAGGAAUUUCAUUUCACGCGCUAUUUAACGCGAGAGAGGAAGAGAGAGUUGGCGGACAGUUUAAAGUUGACGGAACGACAGAUUAAAAUAUGGUUCCAAAAUCGUCGCAUGAAAUGGAAAAAGGUGAACAACCCCGUAAUUCCGACUAACCGAGGAAUGAUGAAACAAACGCAGUCAAAACGGUAACCCUAAAUCUUUACCACGAACUAAACUAUUCGCGUUGAUCGCGACAGAACUUGAAAAUCAUGCAAAACUAACAUAGGCAUUGCAUGUGAUUAUUAUACAAAUCAAAAAUUUUCUUCAACUGCCAGGAUAUCUGAGUUAUAGGACAUAAUCGAAGGGCUUUCCUUCCCGAAAAUGUUAUCCAUGCUUUCUUGGUAUAAAAUGGCAGUUUACCGAGAAUAUUAUUAUGUUUGGGGGUAUUGUGAUGGGUUUUCCCAUAGAAAAGGAACCUAAUUCAAUACCGUAAUACUUUAAGCCUCGUCAACAUGGCUUAACAUGAGACAAAUUAACGAAUUCUAUUCAAAUUAUCUUAAACGGUGUAACAAAAAUUGUAAAGAUAUCUUCGAAG